AGUUAAACUUAACUUUCUUACCCAAUUGAGCGGAAUACGUACCAACAAACCGGGAAUGAGUUUUAUACAUUUUGUGGCAUUACAAAUUGAAAAGUUAAAGCCAGAACUUUUACUUUUUACGGAAGAUUUCAAAUGUUUGGAAAAUGUUUCAGGCAUUAAUAUUGAUCAGAUAUCUAGCGAUAUUACUGAAAUGGACAAAGAACUGAAAACAAUUGAGAAUCAAAUAUCGAAUGCAAAUUUCGAAGGCAAUACAAAAAGUGAACUAAUGUCGUUUUUAAUGAGUGCAAAGCAAAAAGUUUACGAGUUGAAGAAUCGAAUGAUCCAAGUCGAUGAGAUACGUGUGAAAGCGGCCAAUUUCUUUUGUGAAGAUGUACAAAAAUUUCGCUUGGAUGAAUGUUUUCGAAUUUUUCACUCUUUUUGUGAGACGUUUCUCAAGUCCCGCAAAGACAAUGAAAGACGGUUACAGUUGGAGAAACAAACAUUACAAAGACAAAAGCAAAAACAGGAGCAGCAGAUGUCGAAAAUGGAACACAAACGUCCCAGACUUCAUGAUUGCCAAAAUGUGAUUAGUAACUCGAAAGAAAUGAAUAAUAAUCAUUCAACAAUGAAUGAUGAUGAACUAAUGGAUUAUUUUAGUAAAAGUUUGCAAGAUUGUGGAAAGGGUCGCAGACGAAAAAGCCGCGACAAUGGACGAAGGAAUUCGAGAACCUCCACAUCUAGUGAUGAAUGUGAGACGACAGCUUUAAGGAAAGAAGAACAAAGUGUUCCAGAUCAUGCAGCAGAUGCUAAGGUUAAUGAAAAAAUUACCAUUUCAGAUGUCAAAGAGAGACCUAAUUCAUCGCAGUUCGUAUUUGAUCUUGAACCUUUGCCAGAAGGUAAAUGUAUAACGGCCUCUGACUUGAAUAGUCCCCUUAAAAACUAUCAAAAUUCAGUUAUCGAAAAUAUGGGUAAUGUGGCACCAUCUUUAGCGCAAGAAAAUACACCACACAUAAAGAAAAAAGACUUGGAAAAUAAGGAUGGAAACACUAAUAUUCAACACGAGACUGUGGCGCAAAGAACAAGAAGAUUGAAAAUUAUUCCGCCACUAAAAAUUCGGCCGAUUUCACAAACAGAAGAAAGGUCAAUGUCGGCCGUUGUUGGUAAUACAGAAUGUGAGAAACGUUUUUCCUUCAAAUCGGUGGCUCUUGCUGCACGAAUGGUAAAACGUUGCACAUCUAUUAAUGAGCGUGAUAUUCAGGAGACUUUAAAACACCUAAGAACACCAACCGUUGUACCGAAUUAUAUAUGGGAUGAUCACAGACAAAGAUUGCGAACGAUGAGCGAAAGAAAUGCGGAAAAUAUUUUCUUUAAUGAUAAUGUUUUUCGAAAUAAUGUAGAAAAGGAAGCUGAGAAAUGUCAGGGAACAGACAUGCAAAAAAUACCAUGUAUUACUACGAAUGAACAACGUUUGAAUAAUGAGGACUAUCAUAUUGUAAAUGGAGCUCCAAUAUUAAUUGAAGGUAAUAAAGAGGAAAAUUCGACUCUUGAAAAUAUUCCUGGAGGGGACAUAGAAGCACCCAAUGUACCAGAAUCCGCGAUGAAAUCAAAUUCUUUAAUUUCUGAAGUCGCCGAAAGGAAAAACAGUUCAAAGGAUCAAGAUUGCCUUAACGAGAGCUAUAUUCAAACAUUAUACGCUCUAAAAAACGACGCAAUAAGUUCUGGAAAUAAAUUGGAUACACCAAAUGGUGUUAAAAAACAUUGUGAAUCUGAGAUCAAAUCAACGACAACAUUGUCCUACCAGUGCAACAGUGCAACAAAUUUAGAAGAUAAUCGAGAGCAAAAUGAUAGUGGUGAAAUUUCUGUUGCAAAUAUUAUCCAAACAUCUGAUGUAAAACGUUUGAAAUCAAAUAAAGUCGAAAAUGAUAUUUUAAAAACUCUGGCUGGUUGUGAUAAGACAUCUUUUUCGGAUAAACGAGAUAUUUAUAGCGAAGAACAAACCACAUGUAAAGAAAAUCCCCAACAAAUCCAUGCAGAAAAUUUGAAUAAAACCUGCCUCAAGGAUGGUGGACCAUUGAAACAUUUACAUACGGAAAAUUUAAAAAACGUCACUCCUGGGUUGAACAAUGCAGACAAUGAUGAAUUAAAGAUGUUGACGCCCAAAUCGGAAGGUUAUCAUCUAAUUGAAGAAAUAAAUUUGAAAGCCCUCUCAGAUAAUAAAGAAAAUUAUAUUAAUUUUCCGGAGGUGGAAUCUAAGCCAGAAUCGAACGGAAAACAAAAUCCGAAGAAUCCCACAGAGAAUAAGAACAAUUUGUUAAAAUCCAAAGAAGUGCAUCUUCAACAUAACUGUGAUCAAAGCCAAAUACAAUCAAAAGAAAUAAUGAAACAGAACUCACGUGAUCUUGAAGACAUUACAAAAUCCAAUAAAGUUGAAUUUAUGACGAAUGCCGAACAAAUAAAUGCUAAAGAAAAUGUGGAAAAGGAGUUAUUGUUUUCAAAUGACAAAAACCAAGAUGCUAUGACGAAAAAUGAAGAUAUCAACUCCAUGUUUGAUAUCAUUUCUGAACAUUUACAAACAUUACAGAUGAAAGUGAUUGGGACUCAAAAUGUAGGACCGUAUAUUAUUCACGGUAUAUCUAAUAUUUCUCCCCUUGACGAAGAAAAAUUAAACAAUGAGGUAUUGUCUGGAAAAAAACUCCCAGAAUAUCAUGCUUGUGAUAACAUAUUUAAAACUGAUUAUAGCACUAAACAAUUCAACCAAGCAGUAAAUCUAGACCAUUUUACGCCCACGCAGAAAGAAACCCCUCCCAAUAAAUUGGUUUUAAAAAAUGUUACAGAUGAUAAACACUUAAAACUGAAAACUUCUGUAAUACCUAACACAACUGCACAAAUGCCGACUAAGUCUGAACACGCAGCCAGUAUUGCAGUAUCAAAGCUAGGAAAGAAAAAUUCCGACGAAUUAGUUUCAUCUAACACUACUGUUGAUGCUCCAACAAGAACCAAUGAACGUAGAAAACUGAAUAUAUUUUCAAGAAAACAGAAAAAUGAGAAACUGCCAACACCCUCUACUGUCAAAAAUUCAAAACAUGAUCUUAAAAAUGCAGAGUAUGGGACUCAAAAUGUCGAACAGAAAGUCAUUCAAAAUAAAUCUAAUAUUUCUUCCCUCGAAGUUUCGUCUUUGAAUGUAAAUGACAAAGAAACAGUAAAUAAUGAGGUAACAGUAAAUCUAGACAAUACUAAGCUCACGCACAAAGAAAGUGUCAAAAGCUCUCUCAAUAAACCGGGUUUAAACCCGUUUGCAGAUGUAAAUAAAAAAUCCAAAGAUAUUGACAAACACUUCAAGCUCAAAACUUCUUCAAUACAAAACACUACUGCACAAUUACCAACUAAGCCUGAACAUGCAGCCAGUAAUGCGAUAUCGAAGUUAGCAAAGAAAACUUCCUACAAAUUAGUUUUAUCUAAGACUACUGUAGCUGCUCCAACAAGAUCCGACGAACGUAGAAAACUGAAUAUAUUUUCAGGAAAACAGAAAAAUGAGAAACUUCCAACGCCCUCUACUGUCAAAAACUCAAAACAUUAUCUAAAAAAUGCAGAGUAUGGGACUCAAAAUGUCGAACAGGAUGUCAUUCACAAUAAAUCUAAUAUUCCUCCCCUCGGUGUUUCGUCCUUGGACGUAGAUCAUAAUGAAACAGUAAAUAAUGAGGUAACAGAAAAUCUAGUAAACUCCGAGCCUCAACACAAAGAAAUUAUUAAAAGCUCUCCCAAAAAACUGGGUUUAAAAAUAUUUUCAGAUGUAAAUAAAAAAUCCAAAGAUAUUGAUAAACACUUAAAACUCAAAACUUCUUCAAUACAAAACACGACUGCACAAAUACCAACUAAGCCUGAAUAUGCAGCCAGUAUUGUGAUAUCGAAGUCAGCAAAGAAAACUUCCGACAAAUUAGUUUCAUCUAAGACUACUGUGGCUGCUCCAACAAGAACCGACGAACGUAAAAAACUGAAUAUAUUUUCAAGAAAACAGAAAAAUGAGAAACUUCCUACGCCAUCCAACGCCAUUGAAUCAAAGCGUGAUCUAAACAAUUCUGAAUCUACCCCAAUAAACAAAAUAUCGACAUUAAAGAAGUUCUCCACGAAUGUAGCACAAAAACUAGGAUUAAGAAAGCCCGCAAGCGAAAAACCCCCAAAAUUGUUAAAUGAAGUGAGAGAAAGAGAUAAGCAAAUAAUAGCGGCAAAAACACCUCAAAUAAUUAACAAAAAAAGUAAUGCUACAUCAUUAAUGAGAAACGACGGCCAAGUUAAAGAUAAAAGUUCCCAACCUGAAUUGAGGGCAACAUCACAAAUACCAAGUCGUAGCAGUUUUCGUUCAUCUCGUACUUCUAGUAGUAGUUCAGCCAAAGCCUACAUUAACAACACUAACCAAAGUGUCCGAUUUUUAAAGACAUCAAAUGGAAGUGCGUGUAAUAGUCAAAACUCCAAAUCUGAUAUAAAAACUUCCAUUCAAUCCAAUAGUGCUUCAAUAAGACCUCAGUCCUUAAGCAAGAAACGACAUUCGGUCACCAAUAUUUCCUCCAAUGCUAUGCCAGAAAUGAAAAAUAAAACAACCUCAGUUCUUCGACCCCCUAAUGGCCAACUUUCCUCUGCAAAAUCUGUAACCACUUCAACUACUCGCACCCCCUCAAAUGAAAGUAAUCUCGGAAAUGUUACUGUUAACGUCCAGAAAACUGCUGCAGAACCAAAAACAGGCCGUAGUGCUAACCUCAGUUCUUCAUUUCCAAAAUCUGGCUCUGAAUUGCUAAGUAAUCGCAGACUUUCUUUGAGAGAAAACUGCAGCAAUGUCAAAGGAUCCUUAGAACCGACAAGACGCUCUUCGGCAAGUUCAAUUCGUAGUUCAUUUAGUUCUAAACGUAACACAACUUCGACUCUAAUAAAGAAGAUACAGAAAUAAUGGGCUAUAAUAGCUUUAACGGCAGAACAAGUUAAUUAAACUUAAUAAUAAAUUUAUUAUAUUUUAAUAAAUUUGUACAAAAUGAAACUAUUUUUAUGUUAUUAUACAAAUUACUAUAAAAUUAUAAUUAUACUUAAAUUUAUACGAGAAUUCAACUUUGUUUUAUGUUUCCUCCAUUUUGUUAUGUUUCCUACAUUUUUAAGUCCGGAAAUAUAGCUCUGGAAUAAAACUUGUAAUCAAAGAGUAAACAAAUAAACAA